AACGUGAUACUGACUGAGUUAAAAAAAAAUAAAACUAAAAAAUAAAACUUAAGUGGAGCGAAUUAAAAGCCACAACGCAUGAGAGUGCAUUUAACGGGCUGCAAAUCAUUCCGGGCCAAUAAACAACCGAGCUUAUUAGAAUACGGGCCAAAAUACAACAUUCGCAGCUAAUAGUUUUGUAAUUUGCUGACUAGAGAGUCGUCGUCGUCGUCGUCUGGUAUAACCACAAAAAAAUUUUCUCUGCAUUUCGAGCCCCAAUUUUGUGCGACAACGAGAACUUACAUACUUCGAGUAAACGGAGAGCGGUGCUAACUUACGGUACAUCGGAGUGGCAAAAACAGUGAACAGUGUUUCGGUGGCAUCGUCAUCAGUGCUUUAUUUGCUUUUUUCUGUAUGGUUCAGUUUUAAUUGCAUUACAUUUUGAACACUGAGUAACAAAAUUACAACUACAUUAGCAUUAACAUUGCUGAUUAAGCAGUUGAUAUAAUAUUGUGUUGUGGAGUGUAGUAGUGAUUGGAAAGAAGAAGCAGCAGAAAAAUUACUUCAUUUGCAGAAAAUGUCGGCGGAACGCGAAAUACCCGCUGAGGACAGCAUCAAAGUCGUUUGUCGUUUUCGGCCGCUGAAUGACAGCGAGGAAAGGGCCGGCUCAAAGUUUGUUGUCAAAUUUCCAAACAAUGUGGAGGAGAAUUGCAUAUCCAUAGCGGGCAAGGUCUAUCUGUUCGACAAAGUCUUCAAGCCGAAUGCGUCGCAGGAGAAAGUGUAUAAUGAGGCAGCCAAGUCCAUUGUCACGGAUGUCCUGGCCGGCUACAAUGGAACGAUAUUCGCCUAUGGUCAGACAUCCUCCGGAAAGACGCACACAAUGGAGGGCGUCAUUGGCGAUUCGGUGAAGCAGGGCAUAAUUCCACGUAUUGUGAAUGACAUUUUCAAUCACAUUUAUGCGAUGGAAGAAAAUCUAGAGUUUCACAUUAAGGUUUCGUACUAUGAAAUCUAUAUGGAUAAGAUCAGAGAUUUACUGGAUGUGUCCAAAGUGAAUCUGAGCGUACAUGAAGAUAAGAAUCGGGUGCCCUAUGUCAAGGGUGCCACAGAACGCUUCGUCUCCUCUCCCGAGGAUGUCUUUGAAGUGAUCGAGGAGGGAAAAUCCAAUCGUCACAUUGCGGUGACAAACAUGAACGAGCACUCGUCACGUUCGCAUUCGGUGUUCCUCAUCAAUGUGAAGCAGGAGAAUCUGGAGAAUCAAAAGAAACUGUCCGGUAAACUGUAUUUGGUGGAUUUGGCCGGUUCCGAGAAAGUAUCCAAAACAGGUGCAGAGGGCACGGUGCUCGAUGAAGCGAAGAACAUCAACAAGUCGCUGUCUGCGCUGGGUAAUGUCAUCUCGGCCUUGGCUGAUGGCAACAAAACGCACAUACCCUAUCGUGACUCGAAACUGACGCGUAUCCUGCAGGAAUCGCUUGGUGGUAAUGCACGCACAACGAUUGUCAUCUGCUGUUCUCCGGCCAGUUUCAAUGAGUCGGAGACAAAGUCUACGCUCGACUUUGGUCGACGCGCCAAGACAGUGAAGAACGUUGUCUGCGUCAACGAAGAGCUCACUGCUGAGGAGUGGAAGCGUCGCUACGAAAAGGAGAAGGAGAAGAACGCUCGACUCAAGGGCAAGGUGGAGAAGCUGGAACUGGAGCUAGCGCGUUGGCGUGCGGGCGAAACAGUCAAAGCUGAGGAGCAAAUCAACAUGGAGGAUCUCAUGGAGGCCAGCACGCCUAAUCUCGAAGUGGAGGCAGCCGCCCAGGCUGCUGGUGCCGCACAAGCGGCGGCAGCUCAGCGCACGGCCAUUGCCAAUAUGUCCGCAUCGGUGGCUGCUGACGAACGUGCUCGUCUGGCCACAGAAUGCGAGCGUCUGUAUCAGCAACUGGACGAUAAGGAUGAGGAGAUCAACCAGCAGAGCCAAUAUGCUGAGCAAUUGAAGGAACAGGUCAUGGAGCAGGAGGAGUUGAUUGCAAAUGCACGACGUGAAUACGAAGCACUGCAAUCCGAAAUGGCGCGCAUUCAACAGGAGAACGAGUCGGCCAAGGAGGAGGUCAAGGAAGUGCUGCAGGCACUCGAGGAGUUGGCUGUCAACUAUGAUCAAAAGUCACAGGAGAUUGACAACAAGAACAAGGACAUCGAUGCCCUUAACGAAGAGCUGCAGCAGAACAAAACGCAGUUCAAUUCCACGUCGACGGAGCUCCAACAGCUGAAGGACAUGUCGACGCAUCAGAAGAAACGAAUCACCGAAAUGUUAACCAAUUUGCUGCGCGAUCUGGGUGAAGUUGGCCAGGCCAUAGCGCCCGGCGAUUCCGCAAUCGAUCUCAAGAUGAGUGCCUUGGCUGGCACCGAUGCCGCCAAAGUGGAGGAGGACUUCACCAUGGCUCGUCUGUACAUCAGCAAGAUGAAAACAGAAGCGAAGAACAUUGCACAGCGCUGUGCCAACAUGGAGACACAGCAAGUGGACUCGAACAAAAAGAUCUCCGAGUAUGAGAAGGAUCUGGGCGAGUACCGUCUGCUCAUCUCGCAGCACGAGGCACGCAUGAAGUCUUUGCAGGAGUCGAUGCGCGAGGCUGAGAACAAGAAACGUAAUCUGGAGGAACAGAUCGAUUCGCUGCGCGAGGAAUGCGCUAAGCUUAAGGCUGCCGAGCAUGUGUCUGCCGUCAAUGCCGAGGAGAAGCAACGCGCCGAAGAAUUGCGUUCCAUGUUCGACUCGCAAAUGGAUGAGCUGCGCGAGGCGCACACUAAGCAGGUGUCGGAGCUGCGCGACGAGAUCGUGGCCAAGCAGCAUGAGAUGAAUGAGAUGAAGGAUGUGCACCAGAAGCUGUUGCUGGCGCAUCAGCAGAUGACGGUCGACUACGAUAAGCUGAAGCAAGAGGAGGCUGAAAAAUCGAACAAACUGCAGGACAUCAUUCUAACCAACGAGAGACGCGAACAGGCACGCAAGGACCUCAAGGGUCUCGAGGAUACUGUCGCCAAGGAACUGCAAACGCUGCACAAUCUGCGCAAACUCUUUGUACAGGAUCUGCAGCAACGCAUUCGCAAGAAUGUGGUGAACGAGGAGAGCGAGGAGGAUGGCGGUUCUCUGGCGCAAAAGCAAAAGAUUUCCUUCCUGGAGAACAAUCUCGAUCAGUUAACCAAGGUGCACAAGCAGCUGGUGCGUGACAACGCAGAUCUGCGCUGUGAGCUGCCCAAGCUCGAGAAGCGAUUGCGCACAACAAUGGAGCGUGUGAAGGCGCUGGAGACGGCGCUGAAGGAGGCAAAGGAAGGCGCGAUGCGGGAUCGCAAGCGCUACCAGUACGAGGUGGAUCGCAUUAAGGAGGCGGUGCGACAGAAGCAUCUGGGCCGACGAGGACCCCAGGCACAAAUCGCUAAGCCCAUCAGGGCUGGCCAGGGCGCUAUUUCAAUUCGCGGUGGUGGCGGUGCCGCCGGUGGUGCUACAAUGGCUCAGGUUGGCGCUGUUAACUCCUAAAUUACCGCCCAGUUUCAGUACAGUACAGUUUCAGUUCAGCUCCGCUUUAACCUACUUAACCUAAAAUAAAAAUGCCUUCGCUUAAAGAAUGUCGUUUUGCGAUCAUGUGCAGCGCUUUAAAUAUACAUACUUAUAUAUAUAAAUAUAAAUAAUUAAAUAAAUGAGAGGAAAAAAGGAAAUUAUUAACUAAAUUUUACAACAACAACAAAACACCCACAGAUAUUUAAGGACACAUAACUACGUUUAAGCAUAUUUAUAAACUUUUCAAAUAUAAACUUAAAUAAAAGUCGCAGACAAUUUACUUGUA